CCUUUGUCUUCAUCCCUCGUUCAUUCACUGAGUCUGAAUCAUGUCCAGUCUGAGUUCACUGUCUGUUUAUCUGAUCGGAGCCUCGCUGAUCCUGCUGCUGACUGCUGUGUCGGAGGCUCAGUAUUACGACGACUCCACGCCGGCUCCAGACUACGAGGUCGACUACAACGCAACCUUCGACUACAGCUUCUUCAGUAACACGAGCACCGACGACCUGGAGAAGUUUCUGAAGGGCGGAUUCAUCGACUCGGAGGAACCGGAGGAGGAGGAUGGACAGGAAGAGGCUGUUACCACGGUUACCACGGACAUUACCACGGACAUUACCACGGACGUUACCACGGACGUAACUACGGAUGUAACCACGGCAACGGCCAGACCCAAACCCAAACCGACAAAGAAGAGCGACGUCGAUGUUUACAGUGCCGCAUCACUUCCUGUUCAUCUGGACUUCAGGACGCUCGUCUGGACUCUGAUGAUCCUGAUCAGCCUGAACGUCCAGCAGCUACUACACACACUAUGAGAACACACACACACACACACACACUGCAGCUGAACCAGCUGAUCUGAGGU